AUGGGUCAAAUUAAUGCUAACUUUGUACUGCCCCAUGUACAAAGAGUGAAUAUAAUUCUAAUUAUUGUACAGAGGGCAUUUCUACUUUACAUUAAUUUAUAAUAUAGAUUAUCACUGAGAUUGCUUCCCUUGUUAUUUUUCUGUUGA